AUGGAAGAAAAGUCACCUCGACGUCGACCUCCACGUCCCGUUGAGAUAGGAAUGGGUCCGAGAUCCCGUACUGCGCGUUCUUCCAGAAAAAGUCUUUCAUCUCCGCCUGAAUCUCCGAGAGAAAUAAUUCAAGACCAAAAUAAGGCAAAAACCGAAAAUAUUAUAUUAUCAGAGACUGCAAAAUCCGAAGAAAUACAUGUUCAUUUACCAGAACCACCUGCAGCUGAAGAAUCAAUUCGUCCUCGAAGAUUUUCAGCAAGACAGCAGUUCUUGAAUGAUAUUGAUGGUUAUUUAAGCAGAGAACUAUCAAAAGCAUCUAGUGAUGCUGACAGAAUAUAUGUUUACAAGCGCGCUUUUGAUUUUUUGGAAUCAGAAUUUCAAUUAUGUCGACCAUUACUUGAUAGAAUUAAAAAACAAUACGAUGAAACGAGUGCAGCACUUCUCGCCCGAAAACGUGAAUUAGUUGCAGAUUCUUCAACUAUUGCUGAUGCAGAAGAUUCUUACGCUGAUUUCGUUACACAAAUGAGGAAGGCGAGAAAUCAGGAGUUCAAAGAGAUGCAGAUAGAAUCAGAACACUUGUUAGAUGAGUUAACAGAGCUGAGACUUCAAAGAUCUUCACUUAUGAAAGAUUUGGAUAAACUUAAAUCCCAAAAUGCAGAAUUGACUACACUAGAGAAAAGCCAAUUAGAAAAUAUAGCUGAUUACAAUGCAAAAUUGCAGAUUCUUCAAGAUGAUAUCAAAAUAACAGAAAGAGAUACGACAGAAGUACGUAAAAACUUGAUCUCUCUUGAAGAGAAACUGGAAAAGACCAACACUAGUACAAAAGAUCUCGAAAAUACACAUAAUCAACUAUUACAGAAGAUAGAAGCCAUGAAACAAAAGAAACUCGAAGCCGAACAGAGGCUUUCUGUUGCACAAUCACAGCUUUCAGAAAGCGAAAAGAAACUAAUUGAAGUUGAUCGAAAUAUCACUUCAUUGGAGAGAGAUAAGAGCAACAACAUCCAGAAACUUCAAUCAAUGACUGAGAGACAGAAUAAAGUUGAAGAUAAAAUGCGUUCAAUGCUUGCAGAUAUCGGAAUUAAAGACGAUAAUAAAACUAUUGCGGAAUUAAUCAAGAUGCUUGCCAAAGAUCAAAACUCAUGA